AUGACGAUAGAGAAAUGCGGCUGCGAUCCCCUCGACCUUUUCGAUAUCCUCCAUCGGCUCGACCAACUCGGCAAGCUGCACGCCGCCAGCUCUGCUCCAUCGCGCGCUUCAUCCCCCUCCUCCCCCUCCUCGUCGCGACCCGAGUCUUCCCGCAGGCAUCUCGCACAUAAGGACAAGUCAUCGCCACCGCGCGCGCGCCCCGCAAAACCCACACUCGAAUUUGUGUUACCGCGCGUUUGCUGGGAAUCCCAUCGGAAUCGCACCGGUCGACUGCCUGAGGACGCGUCAAUCCAUCUCGAAUCGAAUAUCCCCCUUUCCCCUUCGACUCCAGAAUCCUCUUAUCACCCAGCUCCCCCGUCGCAGUCAACCCGGUUGUGGUGA